AUGACAGACUUAGCAAACACAAAGGUUCUCUGCAUUGUCAACAAUAGAAACGACUCUGGCCCAUCGCCUGGCUACGAAUGCAGCAUUCUGGGGGAAUCAAAGCAUGGGGUGUUUUUUGAAACAGUUAACAACCAGGAUAUCCCAGAGAUCAUGGCUGAAAAGUGCUGUGUAGGCUUUCUGAAAAGUGUUGGAGGUGGCUGUGUUUUUGAUCAAAAAUUGCUACCGGCUGCAGUACUGCUAAUGGGAUUGUCUGAUGGUGUUAGCCGUCUGGCAAUUCGCAGCUUAAAUCAUAAGUCUCAAAAAGUCUUAGAUCUUUUGGAAUUAUUCUUCAAAGUUAGCUACAAGCUUGAAGAACAUGGAGACAAUCAAAUCCUGACAGUUAUUGGAUGUGGGUAUAGAAACCAAUUCAUGCCAAUGUGA